CCCUAAAUCGCAAAACAAGCACUUAGGAAUAAUUUAUCCAGAACUCGCGCGGAGUUUGGAAAUUCUACACAGAGCGGUGGCGGGAGAGAUUACAAACGGCAAAUGAGUGCGAAUAUUGUAGCUUUCUACCUUAACAUUGGUGUAGAAUUUGAUAUUUAAUAGAAAGAGGGCUAAAAACUGCAGUUUUAUAAUUCGGAAAAGGUCGCUCAGAUGGGAGAGUUCGGAGUCUUUGGUGUUUUCGGAGUAAACGGUCCGCCUCAGAAGCUACUAAGUGCGGAUGGAUCUUGCAGGGCCUCGGUUGCAAUCCCCGCCUCUGUCCACCAGGUGGUGCUGUUCAGCAGCGGGCCGUGGGGGGACAGGAUCUGCGUCAAUGCAGAGCUCAAUGAUGCAGACAGGUUCCCCAUCACUAUUGGAAAACUGACUCCUUAUAACAAGUGUUUGUCAUGGGAGCAGUGGGAAGAGGAGACCUGGACAAACAGCAUCACUCUGACUAUUUCUAUAGAAGGCGGUGACCUGUCAAAAGCAGAACCAGAACUUAUCCUGGCUGUGAAGGAAUACACCCCAAAGGACGUGGCGGUUCCCUUCGCACCCCGAGAUCUCAAUAAAAGAAAGAGAGAGCAAUCUUCGGAGGAUGGCGAUGAUGACGACAAAGUGGUAAAGACGGGCGAGGAGGAGAACAUGUGUCCUAAUGGAGCUAGGGAGAAGACCACACCUGUAAGGAAGGUUAAAGGUCAAGCUAAAAGCAGCAAGAGACUGUUAGGCAGCAAAGUAGGAGCAGAUAAUGGAGCAGAUGAAGCGGGUGGGGCUGUGGGAAGAACGCCUCCGCAGGCCACAGCAAAGACCAAGAGUAGGCAGGCCAAGACUCCCACACAGACUGCUCCACUGAUCAGCCCGUCAGCCCGCUGGGGUCAGACUUUAUGCCCCAUCAACGCUCAGACGGCGAUCCUGAUUGGAGGACAGGGAGCCAGGAUGCAGUUCUGCAAAGACCCGAUGUGGAAACUCUGCACAGAGGACAUGUCCUGGAUGGCUGCAGAGACCCUGGCGGAGGGUCCGACCCCGGAGACCCGGAUCGGCCACACCGCCGUCUUUGACCCGGAUUCCAAGCGGAUCUUUGUGUUCGGCGGCUCCAAGAACAAGAAGUGGUUCAACGACGUCCACAUCCUGGACACCCAGACGUGGAGGUGGAGCAUGGUGGAGGCUCAGGGGAAGGUUCCUCCUCUGGCCUACCACAGCUGCAGCAUGUUCCGGGGGGAGCUGUUCGUGCUGGGGGGCGUGUUCCCCCGCCCCAACCCCGAGCCCGACGGCUGCAGCGACUUGCUGUACAUCUUCGACCCGCAGCUGUCCAUCUGGUACCACCCCAUUGUCACCGGAGACACGCCCUCCCCCCGCUCAGGCCACUCUGCCUGUGUGAUCCAGCAGAGGUACAUCUAUGUGUUUGGGGGGUGGGAUACUCCGGUCUGCUACAACGACAUGUACAUGCUGGACCUUGGUCUGAUGGAGUUUUCUGCAGUGAAAACGACCGGGAAAGCCCCAUCUCCUCGAAGCUGGCAUGGCAGCGCCGUACUGUCAGACGCCAAGUUCCUCAUCCAUGGCGGCUACAACGGAAACAACGCCCUCAGUGACGCCUUCAUCUUUGACAUCGAAACCAACAGCUGGACGGAGGUGGCGCUCCCUCAUCUGUCUGUUCCCAGAGCGGGGCAUUCCAUCAUCACCAUGGAAACAGGCAGUCACCAUGGUUUCCGAGAGGAGGGGGAAAGCGGCAGGAAAACCCUUCUGGUGUUCGGGGGCGGAGACAACGAGGGAAACUUUUACUCCGACCUGACGACUGUCGCUGUGGAGGAGCUGCUGGAUGCCCUCUGAGGAGCGUUUGGCAACAGUUGUAACCUCUGCGUUUUAUAAUUUACGUUUCUGUGACUUGUUUUUACUGUUUUUUCUGUAUGCAAAGUUUUUUUUCUACUAUUUUGAGAGUAUUUUGAGAUUUUACGGCUUUUAUUUUAAGUGUAGGUUUAUUAAGUCUGUGAAAUCUGUUUUUUUCCAAACACAUUUAUGAAGCGUUAAGAGAGACAUUUAUUUUCAAACAUGUAUAUAAAAGUAUGGUUUACUCUCUUAAUGAGUAACUUCUUUCCUUGUUUUCCUGACAUUUCUGUGGUAAACAAGAAUCACUUUGAUAAUAGCCAUUUCCAUGUGGAAAACCGUACCUUCAGUUUUCUUUUAAAAAAACAAACAAACAUCAUGCUACAGCCAGUUUAUUGUUUAUAAUAAAUAAAAAUCCUCUUUUAAAUGAGAA